AGCCUGCGACAGACAAACAUGAGGAAGUAAACAGAACAGCAGCUGCAGCCCGGCUUCCCUUCACUGCAACGCGAGACUCCGACAUCUAUGGUUGCGCGUUGUGUUUAAAGUUUUACUAAACUAAACGGGCAUCUCUGUUCAGCUGUGACUAUGGGGAUUUCUGUGUCCCGCACCUCUAAGGAGACGACCCUCAUUGAUGGAAGGGACAACCUGUCUUCUGUUGUGGAGGACGAGGAGACUAAGAAUGGCAGGGUGGCUGACAUCUCCCAGUUUCCUUAUGUGGAAUUCACAGGAAGAGACAGUGUGACAUGUCCCACAUGUCAGGGCACCGGGAGGAUCCCCAGAGGACAGGAAAAUCAGCUUGUUGCAUUGAUUCCAUACAGUGACCAAAGACUACGGCCAAGAAGGACGAAACUAUAUGUAAGUGCAUCAGUGGUACUCUGCCUGUUCUUAUCCGGCCUGGCUGUUUUCUUCCUCUUCCCUCGCUCCAUCGAUGUGUCCUAUAUUGGAGUGAAGUCUGUUUAUGUCAGCUAUGACCAAGAGCAGCGCAGCAUCAAUCUCAACAUCACGAACACUCUGAACAUCACCAACAACAACUAUUACUCUGUGGAGGUGGCCAACAUCACAGCCCAGGUCCAGUUUGCUAGGACGGUGAUCGGUAAAUCUCGGAUCAGUAACGUCAUUGCCAUAAGUCCUCUGGACAUGAAACAGAUUGAUUAUAUGGUUCCCACUGUCAUUGCAGAUGAGUUGAGCUACAUCUAUGAAUACUGCACUCUGGAAACCAUCAAGGUGCACAACAUCGUGGUCAUGACUCAGGUGACCGUCACAGCAACAUACUUUGGCCAUGCAGAGCAAGUGUCUGAGGAGAUGUAUCAGUAUGUGGACUGCGGGGGGAACACUACGUCCAUCAGAGGGUUAACCCGACCGUUGAACAGUCCAAAUCCUGAUGGGUGAUGGGCCCAGCUCAGGCCGACGCCAUCGUGGUUCAGGUUUUGGUUUUUAACAGAUUUUGGUUAAAACAACUGCUCCUGUUAAAACCUCAACUUGUUCAAGUGUAAUCAGUAAAAAAAUCUAUAUUUCUAAGGCAAGAGAAAGCUUAUUAAAGACACUAAGAAAAAAUAUUUUAAUUUCUUUUUAAAUGUAUAAUAAUUAUGUAUUUUGAGAAUACAUGAAGAAAAAGAUAUUUUCUAAUUUAUAAUUUACCAGUUACAAAAUUAACAAAUUCAGCCUUACUAGAAAUCUUUGUUUUCUUUUGUAUUAAGGAAGCAUUUUUAAAAUCCGACUGGUGCUGGGAUUUAAAUGGCGUUGGUGAUCUGUAGCAGCAGAGGCUGCUUCGUCUUCCUUUCAGUUUCUAAAUGGAACUGAGUUCAUUGACUCCCUGUCAAAAGCGAAGCAAUAUAUCAGCAUUCCAUUGAUGUUUUAGAAUAAACACAUCGGCUGUUUGGAUUUUGCAGUUCAGUUCGCUGAGGCCUGUUCCUUUGUUGUUGAGCUCCUGCCAAGAAAGAAUUAACUGAAUCUUUUUCUCAUGAGUUUGUGUUUUCUGAGUUGUUUCUAUACCAAAGUACACGUUUAUCCCAUUCCUGCAGGCAGGUUGUCUGUUAUUUCUCUUGGCCAAAUAAAGGUAGUAUGUGUUUAAUCCCCUGCUGAUUUAGCUCACUUUGAUUUUUAAUGUGGACUGAUAUCUCAACAUAAAAUUCUGAAGAAGAAAUUACAUAACCUCCUGAGACCCAGAGAAAAAAAAGUUUUUGAAUUUCUUUUUUUUUUUUUUAACACUACAUGACUCUUUGGAGUGAAAAAACAUCACUACAAUUGAAAAAAUUUCAAAACAUGUUUUUAUUUAUUUUUUAGAGUAUUUCCUUUGGAGAGGACAUCGGGACUCUCUUGUGGCAAAUAUGAACACAUUUCGAGGCAUACAUUUACCUCUGAACUCUGACAAUCUUUAGUGCUGUAAAUUUCAAAUGGCUACAUCAUUUAAGCCAGUGGUUCAGAUUUCCAGUCACCUCAUUCAACUUAUCAAAAGCAAGCUGAUUAGUGUAGUAUAAUCAGGUGUGUUAGUUCUGUUUUGGUUUGUGGUAGUCCAUAAAGCAGUUCUUCCUCUUUGAGAUGCAGAGGUACAUGUUGCAUUUGAUGCACUUUAUGUAGGUUUUUCCAGUGCACCCUUCUGCUCUGCACCUGGAAGUAUUAGGAUUGUCCAUCAUCUGUGGCAAAUGGACAGCUCCAUACUUUCUCACUUCCUUAUCUGGCUGGGGCCUCUUUCUCUUCUGUGAUGGAACGUACUCCUCAUCAUUCGACGCAUCAGAUUCAAUUGGAUUGGGUUGGCCUGACUGCCACUGGGCAAUCAGUUCCUCACCUAAGAGCAGUUUGAAGUCAUGGUAUUGGAGAGUUUUCUUCAUAGGUCGUGCCAAAGCUUGGCUGUCUUCCUUAUACUGUAACCAGGAGUUGGUGAUGGCCAGAUUGAAGAAGUGUAGGAUUGUGCAUACAGUCCAAUUCCUUGUGCGGUUAGCCAUUCUAUAAAAGCUAAGCAUUCUAUCCCACAUAUCAACCCCACCCAUGUUGGUGUUGUACUCUGCCACCUUUUGUCUUUCAGUGACCAUCUGGUACGGGUAUCCUGGGGCUCUAUUCCAUGCACUGUAGAUGCCAUGAGUACAGGUUUAUUGUCAACCCAUUUUGUCACAGCCAGCUCAGGAUGCUUCCUUGUCACCAUUACGGAGGAGUCUCUUCCUUGUUUCAACAACUCUUUAUCAGAUGUAAUGUUACAAUCCUUUGGGAGUCUAUUUUUCAUCAGUGUUCCACUUGCAGGCAGAUUCAUUUCUAGCAAUUUAUCCAGUAGUUUUAUUGAGGUGAAGUACCUAGACAGACAGACACAAACACAAAAAAAGUAAAAUAAGUGUAAUUUGUUGACAGAGAAUCAUCAUCAACAGCACCACAGUUGACAUUUUCAUCAUACCUGUCAAAGUAUAGGUGAGUUGCCCUGGGAAUGGACUCAGUCAACCGAAGAACUGCAUUUGCUCCUAUUCCAAGUCCUGUGUCUCUGCCGACGAAGGUGUUUUUUCCUUAGUAGACUUCAAAAUCCAAUACAAUUCCAGUUGGAGUAGCGAGAACAAACACCUUCAAUCCGGUUGGAUUUGGCUUGCCAGGAACGAAUUGAUGGACUGGACAUCGACCAGUAAAGGGAAUCAUUCGUUCAUCAAUGGAAACAUUUCCUGGCCUGGGUAGGUUUAGGCAGCCUUGUUACACCUUCUUCAGAACUGGACUGACUCUCCAAAGCAUAUUUAGCUUCCUCUCCUCUUCAGUUACAUCAAGAUCAUUAGUGAUUUUCAGAGAACAUCUGAUCAUGAAAAAGCGAUCCCUUGUCAUGGACUCAGUAACUAUUGACACUCUUGUUUUUUUGGCCCAAUACAUUUUGAUUUUUGGGUAACCAAGGCAUGCCAUGUACACCGAGACUCCAAAGAAGGUCUUAAUCUCGUCAGGUGUUGUAUUCAGACUUGAGCCUGACACCCGAAUCUGUCUCUGGUUUGUGCAAAAGGACAUGUCCUCAAAAACUUUGUUGUCAAUGUGCUGCUCAAAGUAUUUUGAUGGUGGCCAGUCUACACCUUUUGGGGCAGUACAGACAACCUCUCCGGAGUCUUCCAGCACAGGCAGGAAUCUUAAGAGACAGACAAAUACGUUAAAUAAUUAUGUCCUCUAAAAGUGAUAGUUCAUCAAAAAAAUAAUCUUAUCUGUCUAAGCUUAUCUACUCUUGUCUCAGAAGCCUACAUGUUAGUUUUGGUCCAAAGUGGGCGACGGGCCCUUGCGUGCUCAACUUCACACUACUCUUCCUCACUUGAUGCCUCAUCCUCUGAACUCCCGACCUCAAAAUCACCGUCAUUCUGUCCCUCUUGGUCCUCCUCAUCUGACAAAUCUAUGUCUGAGUCUCCAUCAGUAAUCCUGUUUAGGAUUUUCUCUGCCUCAGUCAGUGAGCUGACUUUUAUUAAAACAGGUUAAAAAAUAAAAAGCAAAUCCUGAUGUCCUCUAUGGAGGACACACAUAAACAGGUUAUGUUUUAUGCCAACAAAUAAUUAAACUGCUCUGAAAAUGUACCUAACUAUUCCUUAGAUGUUAAUUUACUAGAAGCAAUCUGAAUAUUAAACUCACAAAGCUCAUAAUUAGAAAAUAAUAUACUUACCUUUCUUCUUUCGAUAAAAUGUGCUCACAGGGAUGGCAGCCAUUUUGAAGAAUCAGGAAGAAAAUUCUAGAAAAGCCCCGACCCCACACAUGUCAUAUCAUUGGAAAGCCCAGGAUGUCCUCUCUAAGGACCAACAGGAUUUAACACAGUGGCAUGUAUGGUUUAAGAGUUAUGAACAAAAAACCUAUGUGCUCCACAGAGGACAAAAAUGUAUUGCUGGGUCUCAGGAGGAUAUAAGGCAGAAAUUGGUUUGCGUGUCAUUUAAUGGAUUCCUGUCGAUAUUUGAUUUCUGAUCAAAGCAUCAAUAGAACUGUGGUGUCAAAACUUUUAAAAAUAAUUAUUAAAACUAAUAAAAAUAAGCUCUUCUCUUUUUGUCUCUUUUACAUCCUACAGUUUUGAGCUCCAAAUACAAUACGUUGUUGGGGUAUUUCUGCCUUAAAAGUUGCACUCAGUGAGCUUAACAGAUGCAACUUAUGACAUCACGUAGAAGACCUUAUUAUCUUAAAGCUCUUAGGCCUAAAAAUAUUUCAAGUUAGGGUGAGAUACUGUGAGAUUUUAAUGAUUAUGGCUUACAGGGAAAGAAAACCCAAAUUUCUGUAUCUUAGAAAAUUAGAAUAUGACAUUAGACCAAUCAAAAGGAUUUUUUAAGCACAAAAGUGAGGCUUCUGAAAAGUCUAUCCAUUUCUGUACACUCAACACUUGGUUGGCCUCCUCUUGCAUGGAUUACUGCAUCAAUGCUCUGUGUCAUAGAGGCCAUCAGCCUGUGGUUCUGCUCUGGUGUUAACGAACAGCCUAUAGAUUUUAUCUAUGGAGUUUUGGUCAGUUUGCUGGCCAAUCAAGAACAGGAUCACCAUGGUCAGCAUCUGGUACCUUUGGCAGUGUGGGCUGGAAAAGAAAAUCAGCAUCUCGAUACAGCUUGUCUGCAGAGGGAAGCAUGAAGUGUUCAAGAAUUUCCUGAUGUACGUUUACAUUGACUGUGGACUCUAGAAAACAGUGGACCAGAACCAGCAGAUCUUUUUAUCUGUUGGUUUCACAAUUUGACAGUUAAAGACAGGAAUAGCCUGAACAAUAUUGUAAAAAUCAGUUCUAAAAUCAUCAGCGUGAAACUGAGAACUUAAUGUCUUCUGCAACCAGCAAAUGGUUCGGAAGGCAGGAAGUAUCCUAGCCUCUGGGACAUGCUCUGGCAGGUGAAUUUUCUAUGUUGCCUUCUGGGUGUCGUCAUGCACUUCCUGUGUGUAACCCCCAGAUUCCACAUCCACAAUAGUGGGCUAUUUCUCUCUGGCUGGAGUCGAGCGGAGCAGAAAAUAGACUUGUUGCAUAUUUUGAUGGUGAACGACGCAGAGCUUGUCCAGUGGUUCUCAUUAAUUAAAAUAGAAACGUAGUUGCUCCUUCGGACGGACGUGUACGUACGUGAAUGGAGCGGAUGUGGAAUUUUGGGGUAAGAUGAACCGCCACUUCAAAUCUUUCAUCCCUUAUGUUUAAGCUUUUAAAAUAUGUGUAGGGUCUUUUUUGAAUGUGCACAUACUGACAUGCUGCUCUUAAUGAAUUGCCCCUUGUGAGAUUAAUAAAGUUGAUUGAAUUUAAUUGAUUGAGAUGACAUGGCACCACAAACCAUCACUGACUGUGGAAACUUCACACUGGACUUCAAGCAAUGUGGGUCCUGGGUGUCUCCGCCUUCCUUCAGACUGGGGGACCUGGAUUUCCUAAUGAAAUGCCAAACUUAAUUUCAUCUGAGAACAGGACUUUGGACCACUUAGCAACAGUCUAGUCCCUUUUCUCCUUUGCCCAAGUAAAACCCUUCUGAUGAUGUCUCGGCUCAGGAGUGGCUUGACUGGAGGAAUGCGACAUCUGUAGCCCAUCUCUAGUGUCCAUCUGUGUGUAGCAGCUCUUGAGGCACCGAUUCCAGCCUCAGUCCCCUCCUUGUAAAGCUCCCCCCAAUUCUUGAAUGGAUUUCACUUGGCAAUCCCCUCAGGGCUGCAGUCCUCCCUGUUGCUGGUGUAUCUUUUCCUACCACACUUCCUCCUUUCACUCAAUUUCCUGUUAAUAUCUUUGGAUCUAGAACUCUGAACCAGCAGCUUCUUCAGCAUUGAUCUUUAGUGGCUUCCCCUCCUUGUGAAGGGAGUGUAUGGCUGUCUUCUUGACGUCUGUCCAAUCAGCAGUCUUGUCUUCCCCAUGAUGGUGUUAAACCGACUCAGAGACUGUUAAAAGGUUCAGGAAACCUUUGCAAGUGUUUUGAGUUGAUUAGCUGAUUAAGAUGUGACACUGAGUUUCAAAUCAUGAACUUUUUCACAACAUUCUAAUUUUCUGAGACACUGAAUUUUGGGUUUUGAUUAUCUGUGGCCAUAAUCAUCAAACUAAUUGAUUAAAUAAUCAUCACUUUCUGAGAUGACUGGCAAAAAUACUGCAGUUUUGCACAAUAUAAAAUUAUUAUAUUUUUUUCGAUGUACCUGUAAUCUACCAAAAUCCCAUUUUUCUUCAGUUUGUGAGUAAAAAAUAAAUUUCCUGCUGAGGUGUUCUUGAUUCUAGGUCUUAUGAACUCAGUCCUUUCUUUAACACACAUGAUUGAGUUAGUAUGAUUGAUUUGCUAAACAGCUGUUAUUUAUAUUGAUCACCUGUAAAGAUCAUCACAAAGAAAUGUUCCAUUAAGUAAACUGUUGUCUAAAGAUCAGCUUACAAAAGCUGGUUGGUUUUACCCAAAUUAGCACUGUGACAAAGCUCACAGACAUGAACAUUCAGAAUAACAAGUGCAAAUCUAUUUCAGAUUGAUACUUUGGACUCUUUGUCUCGUAAAAGUUUGGGAUCUCCUGUGAAUUUCUAAUGGUUUUUAUUUUAAAUUUAGCACUAUGUGCUCCUAAUUCUUUACCCUGAUUUGUUUUAAGCUACUUUGAAAAAUGUUCUCAUGAUCCCUUUGUUAUUGUGUAAUAUUUUGAUUCAUUUGCUUUCAUUCUUACUCUUAGAUGUUGUUUUAAAUUAAACAAAUUUGCAGUUUUCA